AUGUGGAAUUGGCUCGAUCCUCUUCUCACAAAAACCUUUGAAAUCAUGAAGGAGGAUGGAUUACACUAUUGGAGAGGCGUCAUCGUCACAGUGUGUGCUAGCUCUGAAGCUCGAAUGCUGAAACCACUAAUUGACCUGCUCUUCAAGUUGGUGGAAAGACCAACAGACAAUGCGUAUGCUGCGAGUAGCAGGAUGUUACUUGUGCAUUCCGCUUUGUGUCAAUUAAAAUGGAGAGGCGUUGAAUUGUGGAAUAAACUAGUAGACAUGAUGAAAGGAUCUUUAGUACAACCGUUCGCUAACUUGAGAGAUCGCGUUGCCAUCUCUCUGUCCUCCGCAACUUGGUACGAUCUCCCAGCAGUUAGUGUUGAUCCCUCGCUCCCGAAACGUCUGCAACCACCACGAAUCGCUGAUAUUUCAGCCCUCUACAAGGAUUUACUGGGAACUUGCUGGGAAGAAGUACGAUUGGUUCGCGAUGUCGAUUCCUUCAAUUGUGUGAAUGGUUCUGUUCCGAUAAAUGGGCUCGAUGGAGAGACUAUGACCCAUUCUGCAUCAAGUGCAUCACUGGCAGAGAAGUCCGAUACUAAGAAACAAGCUCGCCUCACCCUUCGUGCAGUCAUCUCUUUUGUCUUCAACACUUGCAAUCAGUCUCUUGAUGCGUAUCCACCAUCAUUCAUCGAACUUCUUCCACUUUGGUGCUAUUAUUCAAAUGAUGUUGGGGAUGAGGAGCUUCAAAAGAUAUGCUGCUCGUUGUGCAUCACACACAUAGAAGCAAUUUACAUUUCACCUGAAAACGCUCCAGAAGUUAUUCGUCAGUUCCAGCAAAUCCUCUCCUCGCCGUGUUGGUGGAAAUCAAAAGUAGCGGCGUUGAAGAUGAUUCGAAUGCUGGUUUUCUCGAAUCGAUACGUCUUCAGACUACAUCGUGAUGAUAUUGGAAUGAUCCUUGUCAAUUCCCUGAAUGACAGCCAAAUUAAAGUUCGUGAACGAGCUGCAGACGCAUUGAGCAGACUUCUUCAAUCCAAAUUCUUUGAAACAACAUUUGAACUUAUCACUAAGUUUAGUACAGCUGCACACUCAAAAGAUCUUACUCAAUUGCAUGGAGGGGUCCUUGGACUGUCGGCUAUCAUUUUGUCCUUCCCAUACUCGGUACCAACUCUUCUUCCAGAAGUUCUAAUGACAAUUUGUCGGUUUGCCACAGAUAAGAAUGCCACCGUUCGAGACGCUGUCAAAUGCACAUUGUCAGAAUUCAAGCGCACUCAUCAAGAUUCGUGGCGUGAGCAUGAACGACAAUUCAAUGAGGAUCAGCUGAUGGUGCUUCGUGACUUGCUCAUUUCACCCAACUACUACGUCUAG